AUGUCGAUUCUUUAUUAUACACUUAAUAAUUCAGUUUUUACAAAUUUUGCUUUUUAUUCAACGGCAUCAGUUGUUAAAAUGAUGGCUAUGUCUGCAUUAACAGUUGUUAAACGAAUGUCUAAAGAUGCUUUUGCUAAUCCUGAAGAUCUUUCAUUGGCAACAAAUAAAUCAGCAGUAGUUACAACAAGUGAUUCUGAUGUUGAACGUGUUCGUCGUAAUCAUUUAAAUGAUAUUGAAAAUAUUAUACCAUUUGUACUUGUUGGAAUAUUUUAUGUUGGUACUAAUCCUGAUCGUAAUGCUGCACUUUGGCAUUUUCGAAUUUUUUUUAUUUCACGUUUAUUACAUACACUUACCUAUCAGUUAGCUUUACCACAACCAAGUCGAUUUAUUACUUGCAUGGUUGGAUACUUUACAACACUUUCAAUGGCUGGACGUGUUCUUCUUACUGUUCGUCCAUAA